GCAAUUUAUCGGCCUUGACUUUUAAUCCCGGGCUAUCCCAGUUUGUACCGACUGAAUGAGCGGGAGCGACAUGAAUGUGCUGCUAUCAGAUAUCCUUUGACAGCCAUGCAUGCUUGUUCUCAGUCCCGUGCGUCACAGCUGCAUUUAGACACGCCCCUUCCAAGCGCUUGUUGAAUAGGAAUGACAAGGAAACAUGACAAGCGCUGGAGAGGAAUCUCAUAUACUGUUAUAACCGCACUCGUGCUCGCAUACCUUUACAUCGCUACGCCAAUUGAAUGCCGCUGUAAAUCUGAACGGAGCCACGGGGAAAACCGCUUGGGACCCAGCCAAAAAUUACAACUGAAAGCAGAAACCCAGCCCUGCUUCGAUUACGCACCGAGAGAGGGAGCACGCUGAUAGUGACAGCGGCACCUCAACAACUCAUCUGCGAUCGACCGGGCGAUACUCGAUCCGUCUUCUCUCGUGCAGCCUCAGAGGAUGUAGAGCUCGGCCUGCAGUCUCUGGCAUGUUCGUUUUCACGGGACUCGACGCAUGUGGCUCGUUUGAACAGGCAAUGCCUUCCUUACGCGUUUUGUGGCGCAAACUACAACAACCGCACGCGUACGCCAGCGAUUCGUUGUUUUACUUGUCUAUACGUGUGUUGAUAGUUUAAAAUGCCUAGGUUUUUGAUUUAAAUACUUUUGCACGGACGGAAAAUAGCGUAUUUGGCUGGGAGGAGCAAUAAGGAGCUCUGUCUACUCUUCCACGGCAGUAUCACGGAGGGUUAUUUUGAUGGAGCUGGAGAAUAUUGUUGCAAACACGGUACUCCUGAAGGCAAGAGAGGGUGGAGGAGGAAAACGGAAAGGAAGAAGUAAAAAAUGGAGGGAGAUCCUUCGUUUUCCUCAUAUCAGUCAGUGCACAGAAUUGAGCAAAACCAUUGAGCGGGACUACUUCAGUCUGUGUAACAAGCAGCCCAUCGGGGGACUUCUGUUCCGCCUCUACUGUGAGACGCGACCAGAGCUGCAGCGAUGCAUCCAACUCCUGGAUGCCAUGGAGGACUAUGAGGUGGCACCCGAUGAGAAGAGGAAGAGUCGAGGAGAUGAGAUCAUCAAAAAGUUUCUCACCAAGCAGUCCUCUGAGUGUGUAGAUGUAGCUGAAAGUCUGGCAGAAAGUUGCAGAGAAAAUCUAGAACUGAGUCCCUGCAAAGAGAUCUUCAGUGACUGUCGCAAAGCUCUUCAUGACUACUUAAGUGGUGCUCCUUUUGCUGACUAUCAGAACAGCAUGUACUUCGACCGCUUCCUCCAAUGGAAAAUGCUGGAAAGACAACCGAUCACAAAAGACACGUUUCGGCAGUAUAGAGUUCUGGGGAAAGGAGGCUUUGGAGAGGUGUGUGCGUGCCAGGUGAGAGCCACGGGUAAAAUGUAUGCCUGUAAAAAGCUGGAGAAGAAAAGGAUAAAGAAGAGGAAGGGGGAGGCCAUGGCUCUAAAUGAGAAACAGAUUCUGGAGAAGGUCAACAGCAGGUUUGUGGUUAGUUUAGCAUACGCGUAUGAGACCAAAGAUGCCCUGUGUCUGGUGCUGACCAUAAUGAACGGUGGUGAUCUGAAGUUUCACAUCUAUAACAUGGGAACCCCAGGCUUCGAGAAGGAGCGUGUACAGUUCUACGGUGCUGAGAUCUGCUGCGGUCUCGAGCACCUGCACAGAGAGUCUAUCGUCUACAGGGAUUUAAAACCAGAGAAUAUACUUUUAGAUGAUAAUGGUCAUAUCAGGAUCUCAGACCUGGGGCUGGCCAUAAAAGUGCCUGAUGGAGAACAGAUCCGUGGCCGAGUGGGGACUGUGGGCUACAUGGCUCCAGAGGUGAUCAAUAACGAGCGCUACAGCAUGAGUCCGGACUGGUGGGGAUUGGGUUGUCUGAUCUAUGAGAUGACCGCCGGCCGAUCACCUUUCCGCGCUCGCAAAGAACGAGUGAAGAGAGAAGAGGUGGAGAAGAGGGUGCAGGAGGAAGAGGAGGAGUACAGCGACAAGUUUACAGAAGACACCAAAGCCAUCUGCAGGAUGCUGUUAGCCAAAGAUCCCAAGCAGAGGCUCGGCUGCCUGGCGGACGGAGCUGCUGGAGUCAAAGCCCACCCCUUCUUCAAGAACAUCAACUUCAAGAGGCUGGAGGCCGGCAUUCUGGAGCCUUCCUUUGUGCCUGAUCCCAGGGCGGUCUACUGUAAGGAUGUUCUGGAUAUUGAGCAGUUCUCCACCGUUAAGGGUGUCAACCUGGACCAAACAGACAACGAUUUCUACACCAAGUUUGCCACUGGCAGCGUCUCCAUCCCAUGGCAAAAUGAGAUGAUCGAGACUGAGUGCUUCAGUGACCUUAACGUAUUCGGGCCUCAGGGGACGCGGCCCCCUGACCUGGAUUGGAACCAGCCUCCCGAGCCUCCUCGGCGUAGCCUGCUGGACAGGAUCUUUAGGAGACAUGUGAGGAUCUCCUCCACCUCCACCACAGAGGAACACAAUAGUUAACUACAGACCAGCAUCCAGAGGCGACCAUCGCUCAAAGCCGGGUCUCGUCUUCCAGCGUCAACUCCGUUGACUCCAUGUCAAACUCUGCUCCCUAGUGGACAGACUGCUGCGGGACUACAGGAAACAAAAGCGAGUGAACAACAAAGAGAGGAAAGAAUGAGACUUUUCCUGCCCUUUAAGACCGGUCACAGAGCGUGAAAGAGUCCGUUUCCCUUGCCUUGGCCCUCACUAUCCAUCCACGGCCUGCCGAGAGGACAGGAGACAAAACAAGCUUUCGUUUAUAGACCUUUAUUUAUCCGUUGUGACAGAAAGGAGAACAUUUAUUCCUUCACCUCAUGCUCCCUCAGGAUUGCUGGAACAGUAAAGAGCCACUGACAAUGACAGAAUAUUAACUCAUAUUAUUCAGGGGAUUUUCUCGACACAGAAAGGCCUCCACAGGGAACGGGAAGGGGGCUUUUUAAAUGUUCUUUUGCAAAGGAAAGCUAAUAUAGUGACUACGCAUGCACUCACAAACACACACAACUUUCUUGUUUCCUCUCCAUCCCCCACACAAUACCUAUCUACCCUAACCCCUUUUUUUCUUUCCGUCUACACGUAACACCUCCAACCUCAACCCAAAAUGUGCAUUGCCUUGCAUACUCUCAGGCCAAAAACGGCGCUUAUGAAAAGAAGACAUGUAUUUGAGCAGCCGUUGUCAUAUUUCGCUUCAGAGAGUGACGAAAG